AUGACUACCACAACUCAAAAACUAUUGACCAAGUAUCAGGACAUUUAUAAGAAGGCCACCGAACAUAACUUAACCAAUGAAUUAUGUCAAGGGACUUUGAGUGAUCGUACACUAUAUGCUUAUUUAGCACAAGAUGUUCAAUUCUUUGAAACUGGUUUAAAAUUAAUUUGCAAGAUUACUUCAAUGGCCCCAGAAACAGACAGCUUAAUAACUCUUGCCAAGAAGAUUGGAUUCUUUGCGAACGAUGAGAAUACUUACUUCAGAGAUUGUUUGGAAUUAUUGGCGCCAUCCUUAUCCACUGAAGAUAGAGAGAAAUUCGACAACAAGUUGAUUCCAGGUGUGGAUUCCUACGUACAAUAUUUGGAAGAAUUGACUAAUGAUGACUUCACCUAUGCUGAACUAAUUACAUAUCUAUGGGCUGCCGAACAAAUUUAUUUACAAUGGGCACAUGAAUCACCAAGGAAAAGCAGUUUGCAUUGGAAAUAUCAAACAUGGAUAGAUUUACAUGAUGGUGAGCAUUUCAUAACUUGGGUUGAUUUUCUUGCCAAAGAAGUUAAUAACUUGACCGUUGAGGAAGUCGAAGGUGUAUUCGCCAAGGUUACUGCUCAUGAAUUUGAAUUUUUCGAUAAGUGUUAUUCAGCUUAG